GAGUGGGCGGUGCUUCGCGUUGGCGGCUGUGUUUGCAACAGCACUAGAUUCUGCUCAAAUUCUAUCUCAUAUUGAACAGUUUUGUUUUUUUUGUAAUCAUCUGAAAUCGCACCAAAAUCUAGUUUUUGAUGACCUACGAAGAAAGUCAGCAUGCAAACCGGUCGCUCUGCUUGAACGCAUUUGAAGAUGGAGGAUAUGGAGGUAGCUCCAGUGUCCAGUGAGGCCAGUGUGAUUGUAGUCUCUGAGUCUGAAAGCAACACGGAGGAAGAGGAUGUUCCCAUGCAGGAUCAAGGCCCAUCUGAGCGACCCAGACUUUCAGCCCAUCGGGCGAUCAGGAGGAGACAUAUAAUUGGGACACAUUCGCAGCUCUCCACACGUGAAGAGAGGAUGCGCAGACUCCGGGAGCUCAUCGCAGAGAAUCUGGUAGAGCGGCUGAGUGGCUCCCAGGACACGCAGCGCUCCGUUCCUCACACAGAUCCACCACCGCUGGACCCUGAACCCAGCUCCAGCCGCACCGCUGCUGCGGAUGUGCAGACGUCUGAUGAAUCCAGCGCUGCAGGGUCCAGUGUUUCUACAGAGGCUGAAGGGACGAGAGCAGCCGCUCAUCCGUACGAGUCACAACAAGAGACUGAGCCUGUGUCUGAGUCGGAGGAUCCCGUCACCGCUGCUGCGAGUCCCGCAGGAAAGACCAAAGCAGAUGAUGCUGAGGGAGAGACCUGCUCCAUCUGCUUUGAGCCCUGGACCACGGCAGGUGACCACCGCUUGGCCGCUCUUCUCUGUGGUCACCUCUUCGGCUAUGUUUGUAUCUCCCGCUGGUUGACGAGUGGAGGAAAUAAAUGUCCACAGUGCAAUAAACCAGCCAAAUGUGAUCAUAUCAUCUUUCUUUAUGCACGGAAACUGAAAGCCCUGGACAACGCGGAGGAAGUGCGACUGAAGAGUCGUUUAGAGCUGGAGCAGGGCUCGCGGAGAAUGGAGCAGCUGAAAGUCGCUCAGUGUCGUCAGCAGAUGCAGCUCGUGGCCAAUGAAAAUGUGCGACUGCGCAAAGAGGUCGAGGAGUUGAGGAGGUGGAGAGCUCAGGCGUUCGGCUCCUCUCAGGGAGCGUAUCUCUCGUCGUCCCAGAGGCAGGUCUCGUCCAGUGGGGGACAUUAUGUCUUCUCUAAGGGUGUGCUGGUUUCUCAGACGGGGGGCAGUAGGGUUCUGUCUUACUGCGAGCCUCUCGGCUGCCUGCUGGCGUCUCAGCCUUCUCCACAAGCAACCUUGGUGCCAGGCUUCGGUGUGAAGAAGAUCAGCACUGCGACUCUCAAGCCUAGUCAGUAUGUUCCCAUCCACUCCAAACAGAUCCGAGGUCUGGCCUUCAGCCGACACCAGGACAGCCUUCUGCUGUCUGCGGCCCUCGACAACACAAUCAAACUCACCAGGGGUCUGUCUUACUGCGAGCCUCUCGGCUGCCUGCUGGCGUCUCAGCCUUCUCCACAAGCAACCUUGGUGCCAGGCUUCGGUGUGAAGAAGAUCAGCACUGCGACUCUCAAGCCUAGUCAGUAUGUUCCCAUCCACUCCAAACAGAUCCGAGGUCUGGCCUUCAGCCGACACCAGGACAGCCUUCUGCUGUCUGCGGCCCUCGACAACACAAUCAAACUCACCAGUCUGAUGACGAACACGGUGGUUCAGGCCUACAACACGGGCAGACCUGUGUGGCUCAGGAGUCGCGCAAACCCGUCACUGCGUUGUGUUUUAAUGGAGCUCAGCUGGACGCCUCAGUCAGACAGCAGACAGCCGCCCGUCUGCUCCUGCUCUCCGGUCCAGACCUUCACCGCGGGAUCCUCCUGCAAGCUACUCACCAAGAACGCCGUGUUCAAGCGUCCGGCCGGAGAGGGAGCCACGCUAGUGUGUGCUGGAGACGAGGCCACAAACUCCACCAUGGUCUGGGAUGCCGGCACUGGUGCUCUGCUUCAGAAGAUGCCCGCGGAUCUCCCCGUGUUGGACAUCUCUCCGUUUGAGGUCAGCCAGAGCAGCUUUCUGGCCUCUCUGACUGAGAAGAUGCUCAAGGUCUAUAAAUGGGAGUGAGGCUGAGAGUAACAUUCAAACACAAAUCUGAAUACGCCUUUCUCAUAAACCAAAUACUGGUGGACUGGGACGCCGGGUGACACUGUUGUCUUUUCACUGUGUGCUUUUUCUGUG